AUGCCUGUCAAGGUACAAUCCCACUACCCCCUCGACGUCGAGGUUGCCGACAACGAGUCUGGCUAUGCUAGUGCCUCAUCCAGCGAGGCCAGCCUGCCUGAGGUCAUCUUCACAAAGCCUCAUCUGCAGUUUCUCAACCGACAAUUGCAGUUCCUCGAGCCUCAGGAUGUCUUGCGAUGGUGCAUCACCACGCUCCCCAAUCUCUACCAGACCACAGCCUUUGGCUUAACCGGCCUGGUCAUCACUGACAUGCUGUCCAAACUCAACGUCCCUCGCCCGCAGGUGGUUGAUAUCAUCUUCUUCGACACCCUGCACCACUUCAAAGAGACGCUCUCCCUCGUGGACCGCGUCCGCCAAAAGUACCCUCACAUCAACAUCCACUCAUACAAGCCCGCCGGGGUGGAUUCUGAAGAAGCAUUUGCCGCCAAAUACGGUGCUCGACUGUGGGAGACCGAUGAUGAGCGGUACGACUGGGUGGCCAAGGUCGAGCCUGCCCAGCGUGCGUACCGGGAACUCAAGGUCGAUGCCGUCCUGACCGGCCGUCGGCGCAGCCAGGGUGGCAAGCGAGGCGAGCUCGACGUGAUUGAGAUUGACGACGCGGGCCUCAUCAAGAUCAACCCGCUGGCCAACUGGACGUUUGAGAAUGUGCGGCAAUAUAUCAAAGAGAACGACGUGCCAUACAACGGGCUGCUGGACCGCGGCUAUAAGAGUGUAGGCGACUAUCACUCGACCAAGCCGGUCAAGGAGAACGAAGACGAGCGGUCGGGCCGUUGGCAAGGCCAGAACAAGACCGAGUGUGGCAUCCACAACCCGCGCUCCAAGUACGCGCAGUUCCUGAUGGAGAUGGAGCGCAAGCGGCAGGAAGAAGCCCUGGUGCAGGCACUACAGAAUGCCCAGGUGCAGCAAACCUAG